AUGGGUAGUAUGAUGAUCAGUCCGGGAAUUCAGAGCGUCAUCUUCGAUUUCGACUACACACUCGCAGACUCGUCUGAGGGCGUAAUCGAGUGCGCGAACUAUGCACUUGGGCGGCUGGGUCUGCCUGCUGCUUCCGAUGAUGCGAUACGCCAUACGAUAGGGCUGUCACUGCCCAACACGCUGACGGCACUGGCGGGUGAUGAAUAUGCGGGGCAUGGUGAAGAGUUUAUGCGGAUAUUCUUGGAUAUGGCUGAAAAGAUGAUGCCCGACGCUACGGCAAUUUUGGAUUUCGUGCCGUCGCUGGCGGAUACGCUUCUGGGACAUGGCAUGACGCUGGGUAUCGUGUCGUCGGGGAGGCGGUGUCGCAUCUCGCGGGUACUGCGACGGGAAGGUUUAGAUGGGCAGUUCAAGGUUAUCGUGGGAGUCGAGGAUGUGGAGACGCCGAAGCCAGACCCGUCAGGGCUGUUGCGGGCGGUUGAUGCGCUGAACACGUCCAAAGAGCGCUGUUUGUAUGUGGGCGACAGCGUUACGGAUGCGGAGACGGCGCUGCGAGCUGGCGUGCGCUUCGUGGCGGCGCUGUCGGGCGUUACCGAGCGGGAGGAGUUUGCGGAGUAUGAGCCGGUGAUGGUGCUGGGGAGUGCGGGUGAGUUACCGGCGAUGUUAGAUGCGAAGGUGGAUCACUAA